CAUUCUGCCACAAAGAUGGCGGACAUUCAAGUGGAAAGGUACGGUCAUGUGGGAAAUAAUGUCUUUUCUGGAACGCCAUCGCCUUUACCUCGGCCAUAUUUACCGUCCUUACCACCUGCGAAAACCAUCAAGCCUUCUUAUUCAAGGUCAAGAUCCAUGAUUUGUUUACUAGUGCUUUGGAAUUUAUCAACGGCGGCAUAGUGAUAUCUGCAGUGUAUCCGGUGGCGCACAGCCUCGAAGCAGUUAUGAUUUGCCGUUAUGAACUUAUUUUAUCUCUAUUUCUUUCUUCUUUCCAGAUUUCUCAUCGAGGCACCGUUUUCAGCCCUAGCUGGUGUGGUUGCAGAUGCAAGAGAUCCUCCUAAGGUUAGCUUCUUAGAGCGCGCUCACAACAACCUAUAAUUUACAUUGGUGCCAAUUUAAUUGAUUAAUUCCCUUAAUGGCCAAACAUUGGCUUUGUUUUCAUUGGAUAGAUCAUGAUUUUCGGCACAUGAUUAAAAAAGCUGAAUAUCUUAUCUGAUCUUUUUUAAAUUUACGGCUCAAGAAUUUUCUUUUUAUAUCUGUAUUUUUUUUAUUGUUAUUAUUACCACUUCGAUCGUUUAAACAUUGGUCGAUCUGUGUAAUUGCCCCAAAGUCUAAUGUGGAGUGUGAAAUAUUUGAAAAUUUAAAGUUCUGUUGAAUUACAAGAUAAAUGAAGAAUCUUAAACGAAAACAAGUAUUUGCCAGUAUAACUUAAUAUGCUGUAAUCCCUUUGUAAGAGUCAUAUAGGCGGUUGUAUUAUUGAAAAUGAGCUUCUUUUGUACAUGGAAUUAUACUUCAAUUAAUGUUACAUCUUUAAUCAAAACUGUAACAAAAUUUUUGAACGUGAUUGGUUAUCACCAGCCUGAUUUGAGCACUAAUGGGACAGUGUAUGUGUCAUACUUGUAAUUGGACAGUGUAAUAGGACCGUUACAGGGACAGUUGACAAGUCAUCCUUAUGUAAGAGAACAGAAUGUGUCAUGGGCGUGCGCUGUUUUCUUACAUUUUGCCAAGUUAAUUGUGGUUUCUUUUUUUAUGAAAACAUAUAACAGACAUCUAGUUUGACCUAGUUUCUUUCUUGAAUUUUGUCAUAGUUUUUAUUCAUUGGUAACAGGACUUUGUGUCAUCUCAUUCUGUUGGUAAUCAUACAUGUGAUUCACAAAUUGGACUCCCGCUUUGUGGUUGUCUGCUUUUUUCUAUCACUUGUAUGAUUACAGACUGAAUUUGACUCCACUUGGUCUUAUUACCAUUAUAUAUUACAUGUCUAACAGAUAGAUUCCAUGUUGCUGUGCUUCUGUUCAGGAGGAGAUCAUAGAAAAAGUAUAGAAUGAUGAGGCAACGACUAAAAAAUGUCACCCAGAGCAACAUAGAAUCUUCUUGUUUGAUUGAUAUAGGAGCAAAAAUAUGUGUCUGUCCUCCAAGAGAUCUUAAGUAAGAACCAAUCAAAAUGAUGUAUGGUUUAGCUUAUCAAUUAAAGGUGUAUAGAUAACAGUAUAAGUACACAGUAUUAAAUACAGUUCAGUUUGAAUUAGUCAAGUAUCAAGGGUGUACAAAUUUUGUAUGUUGUUGUAGUGAAGGUAUUUAAAGUUCCAGUUCCUUUCUUCCUUAUCUCAGCCCCCUAUAUUGUCACGCAGUAGACACAGAAUUCAAGUUGGAUGCACCAACCGCUGGAGACUUCCAAAUAUGCUUGGCAGUGAUCUUUUGGGCUCAUCACAAGCUCUCAAGUCUGUUACAAGUUCUUAUAAUGAUACAAUAAGGGCAGUCAUGACUGGUAAGCUUAAAGUGGAUUAAUGCUUUUCAUUGAUUGAUAGCAAUUUACACCCACCUUAAGAAACAACCUCCUAUAUAUAUAUCCAACAUCGAAACAUUGGGUCUAUGAAUUGUUACUUCUUUGGUUACAUUCAUAAAAUCUGUAAACUAGAGUAGCAUCAAACCAUAUCUGAUUGUCCACCUGGUUGCCGUGUGAACUUUAAUAUAUUUUAAACCUCUUAUAUGUAGGUGCAUGUCCAAAUUUAGAAAAUUCCAUGCUUAAAAUGCUCAACACAUUUUAAAAAUGUAUUUAUGCUGGUUUAUUCUUAUCUGUGUUUUUACCAUGCAGUUUGGUAAUGCAUGGAACAUGUUUUUUUUUUAUGUGAUUUUAUUUAGAUAGACAAUAAUUUGUCAUUCCAAGGUACAUGUGGGGCAUUCAAAUAAUUUUGAUAAAUAUUUGGAUGACACAACAUUGAGGAUUUGACAGACUUAUGAACAAUAACAGCUGUAUGAGUGAACAACUAAUCAUUACUCAAUUGAAAGUAUAUCAAACUUGUUUUGAAUGAGUUGAAUUAUUGUUAAAUGUUCACCUUGUUCUCUUUCUUCAAUCAGUGGACAUUAAUUAUUCAUGAAGACUCUUUUAAGAGAGUAUUAUGAAAUUAAAUUUAGAACUGCUCAGCUACCUAGGCUGGGAGAGAAAUUUAUGGCAGAUUGGUAACAUUUUGGAACUGAAUCAUGCAUUAAAAUUCCAUUGGCUUGAGUUAAGAAUUAAUGAGCAAAUAAGGUUGGAGAGAAUUUUUUACAAUGCUUUGUUCUUGCAUUAUAAUAGACACUCUGCAUGAAUAACUGAACUCUGUGCUAGUGACUUAAAAAAAAAGUUUCUUUUAAAUCUGAUUCAGUGAAUGGAGAUGUACAUGUAGAUGAUGUUGAUAGCAAAGAUACUUGCUUGUGAACUCAAUGGUUUGAAACUUUAGAGGAACUGACGACAGAUGCAUGUACAGUGUUCAUGUAACUUCCAACCUUUUAAUACGUUUCAGAAUUUCUUAUCUUAUUGGAUUUUUUUCUUGGACACUUAGACACUCCAGAAGUCAGUAGACCAAAUAUUUAUAUUAUUGUCAUGAUUUGAUAUCAUGUGACAUUUUGAUACUUAGAAUGUUUAUCUAUAAUAGGAGUAGCUCAGUUAACUUUCUCUUGGCAAAAUCAUUUUAUUUUAAUUAACUGUUGUGUUUUUCAAUAACUACAAAAGCUGACUGUCCAAUGGCCACAUGCAACCAUGCAGAGUUAGGUGGAGAAAGACUGUACAGGAGUGCAAUACAUUCCCUGAUUUCUCCCAGAUUUCCUAAGUCACAGUCAGCACUUGGUGGAAAUGGUACUAAGGAGUUCGAUCGUUGCCUUAUUCGUUCACAACCAGCCUCAAAUUCUGGAUCGACAAGGUUGGUGUAUUUUGCAUGUGUGCAAAGUCCAUCUCAACCUUUCUUUUAAAAUUGGCUAUAACUGUAUACAUGUGUGGUUAUUCAACUGAGAAGUACAGCUUGAAAGUUCCUUCACAGAUCCCUAUAUUACUUACUGAUAAAAUUCUUGAGGAUUCUUGCAAAUAUUUUGACCUUGAGGAUCUUAAAGGAUCCUUACACAUCUCUUGUAACUAUCUUGACAAAGAUCCUUGUUAGAUCCACAUAAUAUCUUUGACAAGCAAAUAUCUUGAGAAGGUCUUUGAAAAGAACCCCUUUAAGAUCUUUUCAAAGAUCCUUGUUUUGUUCUGUAGGAUCUUGAAGGAUCCCUAGGAGAACUUUGCUAGGAUUUUUUUUUAUGAUCUGUUUAGGAUAUUUGGAGGAUCUUAUCAUAACAAAUGAUUUUGCAUAUAUUAAAUAUCUUUGGGAUCUUUUAAAGAUCUUUGGGAUCUUUUAAAGAUCCUUGUCUUUAAGGACUUUUUGAAGCUCCUUGACAGUACUCACAGAUCUUUAAGAUCAUCUGAUAUAUCUCCAGGGAUAUGUCUUUAAAUGUAAGUUUCAGUAAAUUGAGAUAAAGUUUUAAGAAAGAGAUAAAAGACCUGUAACCAAAGCAUUUAUAGGCCCUGUCAACAUUGAUUUGGUUGUAGGGGGAAAGAGUGGAAAAGUAGAAAAAAUUUCAACUUUUAAAACUGAAACUGCAAAACUUAGAGGAGUUUCCAAAUUUUAUAAAUGUAAUGGUCUCUUAUCUAUUGUUUUUAACUUUUGAAAUACCUCAAACUAAGGUUUAAAUAACUUUCAUUGAGUAUUAGUAACAAUUAUUAACUUACCAAGACAAUGUGCAAGGGUCUUGUCAAAUUUUGGGGUAUGAGACUUAACUACAAUUUCAAAGCUCCACAUUAACACUUGGCUAAAUUGAUAGACCACAUGUCAGGAGUAAGACUGCAGGAGGGUCUCAACAUUUAAGUCAUGCUACAUGCAGAUUCAGUUCCUAAACUUUGAGUAGUAUUAAGGGACAAUUAUUUUGGUAUUUUUUCUCAUUUAAAUGACACUUUAAUUAUUAUAUCCUUAUACAAAUAUAAGAUUAUUGUAAGAUUGAUUUUUAUUAUUUAAAUGUUAUUAUUAGAAACACAAAUGGACACACUGGACUUUCUUCAUUUCAUCUCCAGCAAAUUGACUACCAAAGAAAUGUCAUUCCACCAGCAAUGAGAUCCCCUACUCCAAUGGAAUUGUUUUUGUGCAGGUCUCAAACUGCUGGGCUUCAUAAAGUACCAGGUUCUGAAAUUAACAGUAAUAUUAAGUCUUUUUUCAUCUAUUGUUGUUGAUGUUGUUUUUAAUUUGUAUUGAAAAUUGUUCACAGACUUUGUUGUGAAGCCUCAAAAUGACACAGUCCUAUUGAGGUUUUCCUUGACUGUUUGAUAAAUAAGGCUUUUUCUAGCAAAGUAAAGAUUACACCCAAGUAAGAAAACAACUUUGGGAGCAGCAAUGUAGCCAUUGAUAAUCCUGAUAGUCACAAUUGUUUACCUUGUAGAUGUCAUAGUUUAUGCUUUGGAUACUACUUGGGAGCUCCAUAAACCUUAUCUUCAAAAGUCUUCCAUGCUGAGUGCACUACUGAAAAAAGCAGAAAUGACUGGCAUGAGAGACAUAGAGGAAGAGAAGGAGGAGGAUGAAGCAUUAAGUCCUGGAGAAAUAGGUCUUUAUUCAUUGAAAAUGAUAAGUUAGUGUGUUGCAUUCAGUGUCAAUUAAAACUGAAAGGAUCAUUGAAGGACUGACUAAUUAACCGUGCUGCAUGUUUGGUCAAAAAUAUUUUAUCUGGGGUCAACAGCCAACUAGGUUAUUUUGAACAUUUUCAAGAACACAAAGCGCAAUAUAACUUUUUGAUAUAAUUUUUGAAAAAGGUUCAUCAGAAGGGUCCUUUAGGAAAAAUAUAUAGAAUUAUGAAAUUAUGCCACUGUUGACAAAUUCUCAAUAUUUGCAGUAGGUUCCUCUUAACUCACAAUUCAUAAAGUGUAAUUAAGGUGAGGAUGGCUUGAUUAUGGCUGGUUCAUUUUGAGUCCCUGAACAUGGUUUAGGGAAAUUGCUGUCAUUGCUGUGGUCUUUUAAAAGACUACAGCAAAAUAUUUUGAUUUUUAAUUAGUUUCUUUAAAGUCUUUGAGACUUUCAGUUGCUUUUACUUUUUGUGACUUCAUACCUCUCAAAUUUUUUGGAAACCUUUCCCUUGUUUGACUGAAGUUCCCUGAAAUAUGAAAAUGGCAUCAAAACAAGCUGAAACUAUAAGGAGGAUAUUCCCACAGAGGUCUACCAUAUUUCUUCACCUAUAAUCCGAGACCCUAAAAGUUAGAGACCUUCCAACAGACCUGUAUUAUCCAAAAGAAAAAGAAAAACCAUGGGCUAUACGCUGAGAGUGAAAUUCUUGAUUGUAACUGGCCAUUUGAGUGAGCGAACCCCAUGGAAAACAUUGGGAAAUGGCUCACUGAACACAAAAGCUAAUGAAUGAGAAUAAACAAUAAAGGAAAAAAGCAAAUUGGUGAAGAUGUAAAUACCACUAUAGGACUGCAGAAAUGCAAUAAUACUCUCAGUUACUGUAACCUGACAAAUGUUUCAAUUGAGUAUCUCUUUUGUGACUGUUAUUUUUCUCAGCAUGCCAAAAGCAUGCCACUCCUCAUGUACUAUGGUUUUCAGUAAAAAAAGUUAUUGCGGAAGUUUAAGCUGUAGAAAACAACUCAGAAAUGGUGCAACACUGGAGAAGAGACCAAGUGACUAUUCUUUCUGGUGAGCUUAAGAUGUCUGCAAAACAUCCAAAAAAUGGGCUGUUUCACUGCCAAGUAUUUUGAACCAAGCGAGCAAGUGUGCAGUGGUUUUCAGAGCAGAGAAACCAAAUAUUUUAUUUGUAGUGUGAAAUGAGAAGAGUUUUGCCGAGUUUAGUGCAAUUGUCUUUCAAUGUGUAGGAAGCAAAAAAUCUGAUUGGUGGUCAGAAAUAGGUUGUUGUCAUGACAAUUUUAACAGAGCACUGCAGUACUUUGAAUUUACAUUCAUUUUACAUUAAUAUUGAAUUUGCAAUUGUUUUUGAAUCCCAAAGCCUCGGCUAUAAGCUGAACCCCAUUUCUCAUGAAAAAAUCUCCCAAACUUUUGUGUUAAAUACUGAAAAAAAUUGCUUGGCUUAUAGGUGAAGAAAUACUGUAUCUUGCUUUCAUGAGUAGCCAAUAAGAAUAUACUGUGGGAUUGGCUUUGUCUUGCUAGCCUUUUGAGCUCUUAUUUCUAAUCCAUAAUGGUAUAAUAAAUCAUACAAGUUAAUAGGAAAGUGAGCUGUGUGAGCAGUCUGCAUAUACAUGCAAGUACAGUGACUAUGCUGAACCAGCCCUUAUCAAAAUUUAUGACUGAGUGUACACUCAGUGAAUUAUAAUUUGCUAAUAAUGUCCAUUUUACAGUUGAAAGUAAUCUAGAUGCCUUAAAGACAGCUGCAAGCUCAGCAAACAUGGAUCCUUCUGCUGUGACAUCAGACAUGUCAGUUGGAAGAAGCCGCUACAGCAGUGAGUGGUACAAGAACCAAUUGACAUUCACACUGAGAGUCAGGGAUCAACUCAUCACUAAACAAAGUUAGUAAAAAUUAUAAUUGGGUAAAAUGACAAAGUUGUGUUGUGGCAUGUUUUCAUUUUACUGGUAUGAGGACAUAUACACUGUUCAUGUACCUAUGCAUGAGGUGAUGCAUGAAUUGAUAAAAUGAUUUCUCAUCUACAGUGUACAGUAUGCAUUUUUACAUUUUUAUUUGGGGAUGGUCAAUCCCUUUAUUUUCAUUCCUUAAUAAAAUCAACUUUUCUCGUUAGUAAGGGGCUAUUGUGUUUAUAUAAUAAACAAAAUAAUACAUGGUUGCCGGUAGAUACGGAAUUUCUCUUCUUGUGUUCAAUUAACGUCUCACUUGUUUUUUGUGCUCUCUCACAAGUUAUUGAGUUAAACACAAGAGAAAUUCCAUAUCAAUGUGCACCCAUGUAUUCUUCUCUAUUUAUUAUAAAUGCUCUGAUGAUUAUAGAGAUUUACAUGCUCUGAUUGGUCAAGGAUUGUAUCAAAAUGGCUACCUGACAUUUUUUCAAUGUUACUGAGGUGAUAUAUGCAGUAUAGAAGAAAAUGCUGCUGGUAUGUCUUAUCAAGCAUCUUAUCAAGUGACACCAUUAUAAACAGUUGGACCAUUUUAUCUAGUAUGAUAAUUAAAACAGAUUGGACCAUUUUAAGCAAUUGAACAUUUUUUUUUUUAGUUAAACCAUUUCUACCAAUUGGAUCAUUUUCUUAAGUUAGACUGUUUACUACCAGUUGGACCAUUUUAUGUUUAACUAAACCAUUUCAACUGGUUGGACCAUUUUAACAUGUUUGACCAUUUUAACGGGUUGGAUCAUUUUAACAAGUUGGAUCAUUUUUGAUUGGACCAUUCAGUUCAGGACCACUUGGACCAUUUUAUUUAGGUAGAGAAUUUUUGCCAAUUGGACCAUUUCAACCUGUUGGACCAUUGUAUCUAUUUAGACUGGUUGGAUCCAGCUGAACCAGUUGGACCUUAUGAAUUGGUUGGAUAAUUUUGACUGAUUGGAGCAUUGUAAACUGUUUUACCAUAUUAGGUGGUUGAACCAUUUUCUCCAGUUAGACUACUUCUAUCAGUUGGACUGUUUUCUCUAUUUAGACCAUUUACUACCAGUUGGACCAAUUUCUCUAGUUGGACCAUUUUACUUUGGAAAAUCAGUUUAAAUGGCUAGAGCAUUUUAGCCAGUUAGACUAUUCUCACUAGUUAGACCAUUUCUACCAGUUGGACCAUUUAUUACCAGUUGGACCAUUUUUUCAUGUAAGACUCUUUGACCCUUUUUAAUCAGUUGGGCUAUUUUUGUAGUUGGACUAGCUAAAAGCUGGUUGGUUCAUUUUAGCUGGUAAGGCUGUUUUAAUCAGUUGGACCAUUAUAUCCACUGCCUAAUUUGUUAGGCUUUUUUUCUUAAUAAGUAUGUUGGCCAGGUCAGUUUGAAUGUCUUAAAGGAUCUAUAUUCUGUCAUUGCUUUUAAAAGAUGUUGCAGCUCCUUGAAGUUAUGUAAUAUAAGGGAUAACAACUUUUUUGGGGGGCUUCUGAACAAUGACAUGUCAGCUCUCACAAGGUGGUUUCUAGGAUUUUGCCUAAUCAAGGGUCAAAUGUUGUGCUAAUUUUCUUGUGGUCCUUUGUAGCCACUUUAAAUUUCAACAGCACUUUACUUGACUCUGUCAACUACCUGAUGCUUGAAAUACAUGUUGUUAAAAUAUUGUAUUGUUUCUAAAUCUGCAGCAUUUGCUCUUGCUCUCUCUGCAUUAUAUGAGAAUGACAGUGAAAUGAAUGUAAGUGAGGCAGAUGUUGUUGGUGUCUUGGCUGCUGCAACUUUCUUAGGAUUCACUGCUUUGGAAAAAUUGUAAGAAUCAUCCCUGUUUUUCUUUUUGUGGUAAAACUAAACUUUGUAUAGCUCAUUGUAGUUUUGUGUUUGAAAUGACAAAUGUUUUGAAGAAGUUAUUAUAAAACCUUAACAUGAAAGAGCUUGUUCUGUAUGAUAAUUGUGAUUUUUUGUCUACAUAUUUGAGAAAUUUGUGGAUUUUUCCUGUCUCUAAAAUGUCAUAUCUUUACUUUACUUAGUGAAGAUACUGUUUUAUUCUUCCCAUAUGAGGAUUUUGAUCAGCUGAUUUUAAUUUUGACUAACUGAUUUGCAGCAGCUAAUUAAAUCCAUUUAAUCAAAGAUCUCAAAUUUGAGAUAACAAAAGCUAAACAAACUCAACUCUGAAAAAAAGUGUCUAUGAAAGUGCCUGCAUCAAAUUCCAUGUCAAGGUUAAGUUCUCUCAGAUCUCAUGUGUCACAUGUGAAUACAUAAAACAUACAUGUACCAUUGGGGAGGGAAAGAGAAAUUGAAAUUUGAAACACACCCACCAAAACUUAAGAAAAUUUCAACACUCCACAUAGGAGUUGCCAGUUAUGCUGUCUUGAAUUAGACAUUUAUGUAUUUCAGGUGUGCUGAUGUCAUGUUAAGAUCCAUUGCUGCUUGGUCUGUCUGUGCAUUUCAUGCUGCAGCUUCUAAGGUUUUUUUGUUAAAAUAUUGAGUACACAUAUCUUACUGAUCAAGGCCUUAUGGGAGAAUAUAGAGUAAAGGGUCUCUUUUCUGUGAAUACAGAGUAAAGGGUCUCUAUUCUGUAAAUGUAGAGUAAAUGGUCUCUCUUCUGUAAAUAUAAAUAGUAAAGGGUGUCUCCUCUGUAAAAAUAGAGUAAAGGGUCUCUAUUCUGUGAAUAUAAAUAGUAAAGAGUCUCUCUUCCGUGAAUACAGAGUAAAGGAUCUCUAUUCUGUGAAUAUAGGGUAAAGGGUGUCUACUUUGUGUAGAGGAAAGGCACUUAACCCAGGUUCAAUCUGCAUGCAGCAACCCAAAGGCCACAUAAUAUUAUAACAGAGAGUUUGUGAGGUCCCAACUAAAAUAUUUCAGUGUGAUAAAAGGAAGAAUGGCUUUUUAAGUCUCCAUAUCCACAAAUUGAAAUGGAAUGGCUGUCAAAUGUUCUGUCCUAAGAAACCUUGCAUGAUCACAUGAUGUCAGUGAGUAACCAUUUGGACAUCUGUCUAAUUUUCAUAUAUGAUAUACCUCUUGGAGCACCACAAGUAAUGUCCAGAGUGCUGGCAAUCAAAACUUAUCCUCUUGUACUAACAAAUCUGUGCAAGAGUGCCUAAAAGAAUAAGAAGAGAAAAGACACAAUGAGUUGUACCCAUGAAUUAAUAUUGUGCAAUACUCUUAAAAUUUAGAUCAUUUAUUUGCACCUUUUUAUGCUUGUCUGGACUAAUGGAUGAAAUGGUCUGUUACACAUGUUGACUUCAAACCUUUUGUUGUUGGAUAAAUAUUAUUAUUUCCUCUAGUACAAACAAAGUUCUGUCAUGGAUGCUUGUGAGAGGUGGCUAGAGCUCAAUUUAAUACCACAGGUGGGGAUGUACUUUCUCUUUGCUUUAUUUGUACUACAGUGCAAAUGUACAUGUACAGUGUAAGUUGAAAACCUGUGUUUCUUGUGUUGAGGUCCAUAUUUCUAAGAGACUUCUGAUGUGUAAUUCUACAAAAUUUAAAUGCUUUAAUUUGGAUGGCCACAAAAAAAAGAAAAAAACUUUUCAGACAAAGGACUUCUUUCCCUCGUACCUUGAAGACAUGCUAUAGCAACUUGUGAAUACAGUGUAUGUUAAAUUAUCUUGCAAUAAAUAUUCUCAUCCCUCCCUCAAUCACUUUUGUUGCUUUGGAAUUUGUCUUUAGAGGGAAAAAAUGCUAGAAACAACAUUGAGAAGAGGGGGCAAGGGGGGAAGAGGGAGAUCCUUAAUCGUAGUUGUUUCAACGGUUUUGAGUGCGAUUGUAGUUGCUUUUGUCUGUGUGCAACUUUUGACUACAGAGUCCAUUGUAUAAAUGGUGACUACAAUUAGGCAAGAGUGAUGAGCAUAAGGCCUUGAACAAGAAGUGUGCUGACAUCUAAGCAUGACAGUCAUACUUAAGAUGUCAGAAGUCAAGAAAUAUCAAUUGUGAUAUGGCGUUAUUUUCGGUUGAUUCAAACCCUGCAAGGAUUCCGUGCAAGUGGGAAAAGUGGUCUUGAGUGUUCCUUUUAUUUUUGGUCUAAAAACUAGUAUUGACCCUUUAUACAUUUGGCUGACUGUCAUUAUUGCACGGUCCCCAAGUAGGCUUACAUGUUUGGAUGUCUCAGAAGAAUUGGUUAAAUUGUUAGAGGGCUGGAAUUUGUAGAUAUACACGGUCAAGCUAAUGAAGUCCUAGCUUUGAACUUUGUACAUGAGCAGUUCCUAGCGUGUAAAACUAAAAACCAAGGUGAAUUAAAUAAAUGAGUUACAUGAAAGGUAGCAUUAUGGUUUUACUUAUGUAUUGUUUAUUUGUCAAUUUAAAGGAUAUGUGAUGCAAUUGCAAAACUUUUUUUUACAACUAAUUUUGUUGUAAUUGUCAACAAGAAAAAGAAAGUUUAAUUUUUCGUGAGUCCAACGAAACGCCCUCCUUCCUUUUCUUGUAGCUCUCUGUUCAAAUAUUCUUGAGUCACUUGCCACAGGACCUUCUGGAGAAGUGCUUGAAAUCUACUAAGUAAGUUGUCAAGGAUGUAAUAACUUUAAGAUGUAUGUUUUUUUCCUAUAUCUUCCACUUUUCAUUUAAAAGUUGCUAAUUCAGUCUGUAAUCUUAUCUGCAUCCCACUCUUUCUAAAACUUUCGCGUACAUUGAAUCUGCCGAGAGAAAGUUAAUGAAACUGUAAGAUAUAACUUGUGGACUGAAGACUACGCUUUACCCACUGGGUGUAAAGCACGGUCCAGGAUAUGAAAUUUGGACCAUUCACAUACAGUUAUUAACGUGUAGCGUGAAUCAGCGACGGUUUCUGGUGCAAUAACAUUACUUUUUCGCUGUAAAACAUUUGAAGCGAUAUUUUGCGAGAUCCUGAUCUUGCCAAGUGGCUUUGACUUGUGCGUGUUCAUACCUGUUCCAUGAAAAAGUAGUCGGUAGCUCGUGGUCGGAAGUGCGCGGUCCGCGGUCCGCGGUCCACUGACCGAAUAAUUCGGGGAGACCGUGGCAGUCAUCUUCCAUUUCGUGCCUUUAAAUUCGGCGAACUGACUUGAAAGUUCAGAGUUAGUGCAUCACACGUUAAAGCAAAUUCCUUACCUAGUUUUUAUCUAAAGUUCAGAGCCACUUGAAGUUCUUUCUGUGAAGUAGCUAACUGACCAACCACGGGUCGUCUAAAAGUAGGUUAGUGUGGCGCUAAGAAUUUUGUUUAUAAAACCAAAAGUUUUUGUUACUUUAAAGCUACUUGGUUGAGUUACUUCUUUGUUUGCGCUUACUUGACACAAAACCAGACGACGUUCAAGCUUGGCUGUGGCAUUUCUGUACACUGUUUCCUUUCUUACUACAGGCUUUUCACAUGGAGUGAGUACUCAUUAUACAAAAUGCUGGCUUACUGGAUCUUUCUUCAGCAACACCCUAACUUGCAGGUGAACUUAUUGUCUGAUUAUUAGUAUUGUUUUUUUUGUGUGCAAGAGCAAACUGACCCACACAGAUUUUCUUAAACCUGUGUAUUUCUGGCCUUGGCGGUCUUAAUUUGGUGGAUUUGCGAUCUUGUAGAAACUUCUGCAUUCUUUUUCCUUUUUUUUUUCUCAACAUUUUAUAAUAAAAGUUGAGACUACAAAAGUCAAUCAAGUAACAAUACCUUUCAUACAAUGAAACACUUACACUACAUUACUUGAAAUAAACAAAGUUAAGAUACUAACUGGAUUAGAUUCCCUGGAAUAGAUUCCCUAAUCCAGUGAUGCGAAAUGCAACUUUUGCAUUUUACAUAACUGGAUUAUAGGGAAGCCUAUUCAGCAUACGGUGAAUUGCAACAAUGUGCAGUACUAUAACUUUGAUGAAUCAAUAGCAUUACCCUACCACUUGUUAACCAGUCUGUAACAAGACCAAGUAAUAAUGCUAUUAAAAUCAUUACAGCGUGGUAACAUCCAAUUCUAAGAAUGCAGUGAACCUUCUUCAAUACUCGGUAAACCUUGAUAUAUCUAUUUCACUGUUACUGUGUUUGCCGGUAGUGUAAUCAGAGAAUUGUGGUGACAUGUUCAGAGGCUUCAAGCCCUUUUUUAAACGUUAUUUGUUUUGCGAUAAUCAAUCGCUUUAUGUACAUGUUGUACCAUAAUGGAACCUUUACAGCGCAAGCACGUCAGACCUUUUCCUCUCAGUCUUGUGAAACACUUUUGCUGAACCGAGGUCUUUUUCUUCUCCGACUUCUUGAUAAAAGCAAUAUCUGUUUACCGAUAACUUUUGCCUUUAUCGACCUACAGUUGAUGCCAUCAUGGGGAACUGUUGUUACGUGGUUUAUGAGGUAAAAAAUAAUAAUAAUUGUCGACACAUCGAAUUUAAAAUCAUGUUUAUCUUAUGUAUUUAAGUAUCGCGCAUUUUCAGUAUUGAUUUGUUUGUCAGUCGUACUGAUGAAAAAAACUUCCUCUUACAGUUUACCGAAAAUCACUUCAUUUCUUGAGAGGGAAGAGGUUCGUGUAACUCAAACUGAGACUGCAAACUCAGGUUUUCUUUUUUGGCUUUUCUUGAAUGUUUUUCGUUAUUUUUAUUUGUUUUAACGUUGAUGUAUCAUUUUCAAAUACAUAUGACUUAACUACCCUAGGCGAGUAUACCAUAAUUUUGUGAUAAAGAAUUAUCAUUUUCAUGACCCCUUUCAUGUGGGAACUUUUUGAGCUUUUUUUUAUAUUUGAUUCUUUAGUUGGCAAUCACAGUUGCAAAUGACGCGUACACUGUCCAAUUACACAGGGAUGACUUGUACAUUGUACAGUGACGUUUACACUGUCUAAGCAUGACACGUACACGUCCUAUCCAGUGCUCCAAUAGGGAUGGUGAUAACCAAUAUGUUCGGAAAUUGUAGUAUGAUUUUAAUAAUGUCGAAAACUCACUGCGAAUUUUAGUCAUUGAUCCUGGAGACAAAAAUACCUCGCGUACUUUUUUUCAGCGGCGUGAGAAAUAUCAAAUUAUGUCAAAACAUACGAUGGGUAAUACGCUAACAGAGUUUUAAUGAUACUUCUGUACAGGGACAUGGUUAUAUGAAUUUAUUCAGGGCUGUUAGACUGGCUGGUAUCACAGAAAGUAAGUUGAAGUAGUGUAAUGUUAUCUAUGUGCAAUAAGUUUUGUGCAUGCUUGGGCUAACGUGCGAGUCAUUUUACAGUCAAGCCUUCGUUACGGUCAAGAAGAAAGUCGUUUGUUAGCUAAAUGUUCUUAACGUGGUUCGUUGGAUUUUAUUGGUCAGAUUAGCCAUUCUGUAAUUGGCUGGAAGAAUUCGUUAUUAGUGAUUGGUCAGUGUCAGCCCUUUGGGUUUUCCAGUUCGGUUCGUCGUUAUGUCUUAUCUAUAUUUUCGCCGGCAGCUUCCGUCAACAGCGUUUUUUAAUAACACUUCCUUAAAGGUUGAUGUGAUCGAUGAUUAUGUGUUUUAUUUCAGGUCCUCAGCUUGAUGAGCUGCAAAAGAUGAACCUUGUUCCUCAGAACUGGUUACUUCGUAUCUACAGCCAACAUUAUCACGCGGUAAACCAUUCUUAUCGAUUUCUUGGAAGUUUUGAGUUAUGUCUAAUCAGUGUUGUUAUUCAGAAGUCUUUGCGGGAAAAUCUCGCUUAUCAGCCAGGACGUCCCAUUUUUUGGUAUUGACAUUGCUAUCUCUUACUUAGUUGCAAGGAGGGGGUGAUAUGUCUUUGAUGACGAGAUUUGAACAUGGAGCGCUACGUAAAGGUUUCAUAUUAGAGGAGGUGAGUGUGAAAGUGCUGUUUUCAUUUAGUCAAGUCAUAGGGCUUCGGAAGGGCACAACGAGGUUAAUGGCAGUCUGCGUCACUUCUUUGUGAUUGAAUUAUUCAUUUUACUACGAUUGCAUAAGUUCUGUCAAGGUUGUUGCCGCUACUUUUGAUAAUUCCCGGAUGAGACUAAUGUCAGACUUUGGUUACAAGCAAAUUAUUCUUGAGAAAUGUUUGUUUACAGUGCGUAGUAGUCGUUGACUUUACCCUCAUAAGAGGACAUACAGGCUUGCUAUAUAACGUUUAAAGUUGUUGAACUUUAACCCUUUAUUUUUGUUGCCUUCAGCAUUUGAAGUACCACUCGGAAAUUAUGUCACUUCAUGGAUUUCAUUUUGAAAUUAAAGCAGUCAAAGAUGAAAUGGAUUCCAAAUAUUCCUUCUUUCUCCAGGUUUGUGUAUUUGUUUUUCGCUAUUUUUAUGGUUUUUUUUUCUUUUAUGCUUUGCACGUCUAAUUUUGCGCCUUUCUCUCUGGCUCUCGUUGUCACGAGAUCCUCCUCGUUAAAAAGCCACCUUAAAGCCCUAGAAAGCCUCUAGGGCACAGCCUGCACUACAGGCGUCUUAUUAGGGCGAGUUGACGUUAAGAAGCGCAAACGUUUAUUCAACUGGCCACGUUUGAUUUGGAGGUAGAGUCGACGGUGGAGAAAGGGGGUAGGAAAAGGCGAAAAUUGCGGGUAGGGGUAACAUUCACUCCCCCACCCUCACACCCAUCCCUUUCCUAAUUUUUUUUGCUGUUGCUCACCCCCUUGGUACAAAUUUCUUUCUCUCCUAGCCUUUCGCAGUCAUUAAAAUCAAUUUUCGCUAAGAAAACACUGGGCACUCGCGCGCCAAAAUUACGCCUGCUCUGCAGGCUACCAGGAGCCUUUCACAGCGUUUACAGCAAUUAUUACCGUUUAUGUUGUAGAGAUUAAAGCCAAAUGACCCAGUGCUAUCGUUCAGAGCCUGUGAGCGCCAUACGUUCUCUAUGCGUCAUGAUAGAGAGGUAAGAAUGACAGACACGAUUGCCGUCUGCCUCUUCGGCAACAAAUAUUGUUUCUUUGGUGUAACUAAUUCUGCAUAUCAAUUUUUAUUCAUUCAUUUGCCUUUUUCCCGCAAAUAGGUACGGUAUUGCAUUCGUGUUCAGUGGCUAGACUGCGGAGUAAACAAAGUAUUUUCAACGGGUAAGUCGGUGAAACAUGAAGUGUUGUAGUUGAAAGUUAGAUCAAAUUCUCGGUUUUUCUCUUCACGGCAGCUUACGUAGUUUUUUAUGCGAAGAACCUCGAGAAAUAAAGCAAUUUGAAAUAUAUCGCAGUAAUAUUCCAGAUAAAAGAUAUACAGGUCGUACAGCUUACAAUCUGUUUAGAGGAAACGUUUUGAAUAAGCAGGUAAGUAUCGGUAACUGCUGCUGAGUGCUUGCUGAAAAGAUCGUAGAAAGCGCUUCUGCCUUCAUGCAUGGAAGACGGUCGUUUUUUUAAGUGUUUGCAUCUAGCUUGACAUGACAAAAGUAACCGAUCUCAAUUCGUCAUGAAAGUAUUUGUUUUAAGAAAGUCUGCUUGCAUACAAAUCAAAAAGUGAAAAUCGUAGCGCUCAUGAAUUUCGCGUUUGUUGUCUGUCUUAAUCAGGGUUCGUAUGUAGAGUAAUGCCAAGAUAUUCAAAAGUAAGUCUAUCUGCUCACAUAAGACUCAUAGUUUGACUGUAUUUUUCAAUUGGUUUGUUUAUUUUUCGUUGGAAUUUUUUUUCAGGAAUUCUUUGUCAGAGUUUUGGCUUUUCAGGAAAAGCAAAGCAAUCAGAGGUAAGCCAUGAUGAGUUUUGCGCAGCCAGUGCAGUUGAUAACGCUUACGUGAUCCCACAAAUCGUUACGAGACGAGCUGCAAGAUACUCUCUGCAUUGCGCAAUACGUAGAAAAGGCUUUUCGUUAUAACGUCAUUCAGCGGUCGUUUCACGACGUUGCUCUUGAUUUAAAACCUCGCAACUUUUGCUGUAAAUUUUAAUUUUUUUCUCUGUUGUGGAGGAAAUCGAAGAGAAAACAAAACGUAGACACACUAUUACAGUGCCCUUCCCCUCUUAUCCAGCACUGACCCGAAACCGUUAAAACAAUCUACUAUAAAGUAAGCGCUUUCAAGAAACCGUGGCUGUAGCUAAAUACUUCACGUUUUACACCACAACAUGAAUGCACCUUUAAUCUAUUUUCCAGUUAGACGAAUAUUUAGAUGUAAAGAUGUGUGGAUGUGUAAAAGUGUAGAUGUGAUUCGACUGAAAAUAAAUACUUAACACACUAAUCUAUGUAGAAGCAUAACAACAACAAGAAAAAAGACAAAGCUACAUGAAAUAGAAACGAACUUACCAUUUGUGGCGUUACCAAGUCCGCCAGUAAAACUCUUGGAGUAACCACAGAAUACCCUGCCACUUUGGUCCACCUCAUUAACAUGUGUCGGGAGGCUUUGAAGAUCGAGGCAUAACACAAUGACGCAGGAGCCUAGGCUCCUGAUAUUCUUAUUCAAUGCAUGUAAAUGAGUGGCAGGGUAUUCUGCAGUUUAGCCAAACUAUUAAACAAAAGUAACUCGGUGCCAGCAAAAACUGACGAAACGACUGAAUUAGUUGAAAUCAACUAGCAAUGAGAAUUACCUGACGAAAACAACGCUUACACUGGCGAGAAAUAAAACGCUACUGGCGUUACGUAAUUCUUACAAAAUCUCACCCAAAAACGCGAAGUUAAUUGAAUAGAGACAGAACAUCACAAUGAUAGUUCUAUUGAAAGAAAAAAAUGUAAAAUCAUUUCGCAGUUACUUGACGAUAAUUAGAAGUGCAAAUUUUAGUUCUACAUUGGCUAAUUAUUUAUGCAUUGUGCCUACACAGGUUGUAACAGUUGAUGAUGUACGUAUGCCAUUAUACGUAACCGUGUCGUUGAUGUUCCCUCCAUCCUAGCCUCUUACUCAGAAUUUAAGCUGCAGUUUCUCUGUAUGAUAUGUGAAUAGAAUCUUGUACCUCUGUGGAGUGUUUUCUUUUUGUACAAUUGUAUUCCAUACCUGUACAGAGUGCUUUUGAAAAUAAUUUUUUUUAGUCAAAAUAAUAAGCUGUAUCCUUUGCGAAUAAAGGUAUGCGAAAGUUGCUGGGAAGGUUAUAAUGCAUUGUUUUCUUGAGAACACCUGGAAGGAAGCUUAUACCUCUCAGCAUUGUGGGCUCGUUCUGAUUGGAAAACCAUUGUGAAGCUGACCGUAACUUAAACGGUAUUUUGUGGAGGACUUGGUAGAAGGAAAGCAAGAAAGAAGAGUUUUAAAACUUUUGUACAAGGCCCUGCUGCUUUUCAAUUUUAUCAAAAGACUUGUGAUAAGACGAAGGAAAUGGAC